AGUCUUCGCGCUGCAUCCGGGGAACACAGCUCCAUGGAGAUGCAGUGAGUCCGUGUGGUGUAGACCAGAAACCAAAGUAAAGUAAACGGGGGAGGGUCGGCUACGGGGGGGUCUUUAAGCGAGUUACAAUGCGUCUUUCACGCCGUUGAACGGUCUCGGUGAACGAUGAGCCAACUUCGCCGGUCGUCUCGAAGCGGAAUGAGCCACUCUUGAGCCCCGAGAACGAGUCCUUAUUGGCGGGGGAGAGCGAGAAUGAAGAAGCCGAGCGCCCUGCUCCCUGUUGUCGGCUUGACUGGGAAAUGGUAGCGUACUGUAGGAACCGCACUGGGAAGGAACAUGGUCGAGAGGAGCAGCAAAUUCUUGUUGAUCGUCGUCGGAUCCGUGUGUUUCAUGCUGAUUCUCUAUCAGUACGUGGCCCCCGGGGUGAUCAAUUUCGGCUCCCCGCACGGUUAUUUCACGGAGGAAGACGAGGGGGACAUCUUCCCCACUCCGGACCCCCACUACGUUAAGAAAUACUACUUCCCCGUCAGGGACCUGGAGAGGACGAUCGAUUUCCAAAUCAAAGGGGAGGACGUGAUCGUGUUUUUGCACAUCCAGAAGACCGGGGGGACUACCUUCGGCAGGCACCUGGUCCAGAAUGUCCGUCUGGAGGUCCCCUGCGACUGCAGACCGGGCCAGAAGAAGUGUACCUGCUACCGGCCGAACCGCAAGGAGACCUGGCUCUUCUCCCGGUUCUCCACCGGCUGGAGCUGCGGCUUGCACGCCGACUGGACCGAGCUCACCAACUGUGUGCCGGGGGUCCUCAACAAGAAGGAGAACAAGCAGAAGAAUCAAAGGAAGUUCUACUACAUCACUCUGCUGAGGGACCCUGUGUCUCGAUACCUCAGCGAGUGGAGACACGUGCAACGGGGAGCCACGUGGAAAACCUCCCUGCACAUGUGCGAUGGACGGACCCCGACGCCCGAGGAGCUGCCCUCCUGCUACGAGGGCUCCGACUGGUCGGGGUGCACCCUGCAGCAGUUCAUGGACUGUCCCUACAACCUGGCCAACAACAGACAGGUUCGUAUGCUGGCAGACCUGAGCCUCGUCGGCUGCUACAACAUGUCCACGGUCCCAGAGAAGAAGAGGGCCCAGCUUCUCCUGGAGUCGGCCAAGAAGAACCUGCGAGACAUGGCCUUCUUUGGUCUGACGGAGUACCAGAGGAAAACCCAGUUCCUGUUUGAGCGAACCUUCAGGCUGCGCUUCAUCAGGCCCUUCAUGCAGUACAACAGCACCCGGGCCGCAGGGGUGGACCUGGACAAUGCUACGGUCCAGCGUAUAGAAGAGUUGAACGAGCUAGACAUGGAGCUGUACGACUACGCCAAGGACCUGUUCCAGCAGCGCUACCAGUACACCAGGCAGCAGGAGAGGCGGCAGCAGCGCAUCAAGAACCACAUGCAGCAGAGCCACCAGGGCCUGGGUCUGGGCGUCAGCCUGUGGCCCUCCCGCAGCCGGCAGAGCUCGGUGUCGACACUGGAGGAGGGAGAAAUGGAGAGGGAGGAGCGGGAGGAAGGUGAAGAGGGAGGCAGAACGGAGGAGGCGGGCAGCAGGCUCCCCACUGAGGACUACAUGAACCAGAUCAUCAACCGCUGGUAGCAGCAGAAUGAGAACAAAUACACAGACAUGCAUACGUAAUGUGAAAAUGCACAUACACAUACAUACACACGCACACAAACAAACACACACACUCUUACAUACAAGUGGCGCCUGCAUCAAAGACCCAAAUGACUGACAAACAGACUUUACCGCAGAGUUGGGCUACGGGAAUGAGAGUCCAAGUGGUUGCUAUGGAGACCAGGGCUUGGUCGAUUGCAUCAGCUCAUGUUAUUGAGGUUUGCCCAGUUGUUAUUAGCACCCGCUUGCCCUUUCCCCCCCUCUGAGUUACUCUGUCUCUCUCAUCAUCAUUACUGACUGAGCAGAAGAGAGAUAUUUUUAAGAGUUGCUGACAACUGAGUAUCUCAUCCAUCUCUCCCGCCUCCACUCCUCCUCCUCCUCCUGUAUUCCUCUCGUUCUCUGUGGCCUGAUAUGGAGCAUGAGAAAAUAAAAUUAAGUCUGUGAAUUCCCGCUAAUCCUUGCUAAGGACCAGUCUACUUCCUGGCUGCUCCACUUUCAGAGGAACUGGGAAGGCUAUGAAAGUAUGCGAAUGGCUGAGCUGAACAAAGAAAAUGGUGGGAAUCGAGAGAGAAUGUACUGGAAAGAAGGAAGACGGACUGAGUUGUGUAAUAAAGCUUUCUGCUUAAAAAAAAAAAAAGGAAAAAAAAAAAUCUGCCAUUUCACCCAUGAACACGCUUUGGUCAUGAAAUAGUGACAGUCUCAUUCUCAUUUUAGGAUGAAUUCAUUUGUAUUUUCCUUUUGUGUUUAUGCUUUUUUAAAAGCAGAAUUGUAAUAACACUGAGACCAAUAUUGCUGCCUAAAGAAAAGUGAUUCCUUUAUUUCUUUAUUUUUGUUUGUUUUAAAAGUCAAAGCUAAUGGAUUGGGUUGACGUACAAUGGACCAUAGCCAUUACUGAAGCCUUGCAUCUUGGGGGCAAAAAGUGGCCUGUUUCUCUGUUAAAGGUUCCCAAAGCUCCUGUCGCUUAAUGAGUUCAUUAUUUCUCCUUUUCUCUCCUUUUUUUUUGUGUGUCUCAGUCCUGCAGAGAAUGACAGCCAAUUACAGACCCCAGUCUCACAUAGGUGUGAGGAAAUCAAAGGCAGGGAAAGGAGGGAGAGGAGAGAGUCUGCUGCAGGUUGUUGCCAGGAACCGUGCUGUGUGAGCGGCAAGCGCUUUGGAAGCCUUAACUCAGACAAAUGCUUGAGAUGGGAGUUGUGGAACUACUGGUCACCAUGGCAAUGUGGGCCCUUAAUGUAGUGGGUGGCAUUUUCAGUUUCUGUCUUUUUUUUUUUUUUUUCUUUCUUUUUUUUUUUGGUGACCAAGAGCUGCGUUGUAAAAGCGGCGGUCUCAAACAAGCCUCCGUCCCACCUGCUGAAAGGGUGCACAGAGCGCUGGAGACCAGUAGUUCAUUAGUGUGAAAGAUAUUUUCGUUGGUUUUACCCUGAAGAACGGACGAGGAUGAGGUAGCAGUGCCUCCAUGUACUGGGAUCAUAGUCAACAUAAUUAUUGCCAGAUAUUACGUCUGCAUUAUACUACAGUAAUUUCUCUGACUACUCGUGUGUCCGUGUGGAUGAGUGUGUUUCCGUGUGUGUGUGUGUGUGUGUGUGUGUGUGUGUGUAAAUAGUAUGUAAAGUAUGCCUUUGAUUGGCGUAUGUGUCUGCCUUUGUAAAUAGUGUGCCUGACUGAGAGAGGAUGUCUAAUGAGUUUUGUGAAUGACUGGUUUCAUGACCAAUUAUCUUGCCAUUUUUUUUUUGGUGGUGGUGGAGGGCGGGGCAGCAAAGUCCCUCCAAUAGGAUGUCACAGGAGUGUGACCAUCGCAGUGAUGCAAGCCAAUAAUACUCCCCUCUGCCCUGUCCUUAACUAUUUUCCUCCCCGCUUUUCUUGUCUCCUCCCCAUGACUUGGUUACAUAUGAAGAUAUUUUUUUUACUAUAUUUACCUAAAAUGUAAAUUGAUAUUUUAAAAGAUCUGCCUGUGUGACACGUCUUUACUCUUUGCAGCAAAAUCUACAAGCAGGGUUGGGUCACGAUAGCCAGCUCCAGUUUGAAUCUGAUGCUGCAUCGAAUUGUGUGACCCAAUCAGGAAUUUUGAUUUCAGUGUUUUUCAUGCGUUUGUGAUUCAUGCUUUUGUUUAUGUUAGGUCACAGAAUUUGAUGUAACAGCAGUUCUCACUCGGCAGAAUAUCCACAUGUGUUGAGCUCGAUGUUAAUGAACCUCUUAGAGUACCAGCUUAAUAGAGACCUCAAGAAUUUGGAGCAAGUAAGGUGUAAAGUAAGUAAGCUACACCUGUUAUUUCAAUGUGCCAGAUACAUUUGAUCAACAUUUCAUAAGUUAUAUGUUUCAUCUACAACUUAAUAUGUUUGCAAAUGUUACAAUCUACACCCAGUUAGAUUCGAUACUGAAUUCAGAUUAGCUAAAACGCUAUCAAAGCCCAACCCUGACUACACUCAAAGAAUCAGAGCAAUAAGAGGAGAAAAACCAAUGAGAAGGUAGAGAAUAGAAUUACUAAAAGUGAGAAGGGAAAAAGACGUGUCACAGAGCAAUGAAAUCAAACUGAAUGUAGUCCAGAUUCAGUGUCAUCCAUGGGUCGACUGGAGGAUGCGUUCAGGCAAACUGCUUCCUUGGUAUUUCCAUAAAUAACAUGUUGCAUCCGGUUGUUAACAAUAGUUUGUUUUUGUUUUGUGGGGUUUUUUUUUUUUUUUGUAUUAAAAAGGGAGGAGGAACUAACAGUUAAACUACCCACCAUCACCCUUGUUAAAUUUCAAAUAAUCACCCUGGAUCCUCCCGUGUCUCUCGUUUUGAUCAACUCCUUUUAAAUCAGGGAUGAUUCAUGAAGCGAGGAGAGAAGAACAAGGGGGAGGGGGUUGAUGAAAGGUAUUGGGACACAUCCAGAGUCAAUAUGCUGCUUUUUGUGUAGCCUUCAAAGUAACGCAAUGGGGACUGGGGAAAAAGGAUAUGGAAAGAAAGACGUCCCUUUUUUUUGUUUCUUAUUAACUUCCUCUUUGUUGUCUUGAAACUGGAGACUUGAAGACACUGCAACUCCAGGCAUUUUGCCCACAAGACAUCUUUUUCAGAGUCAGGACCAUGUUUGGGCUCCAAACCAAUAAAUGGUUCGGCAUUAGUGGCUAAACACAGAAAACAAAACUGAUUCUUUGUCUUGAGAGUGUUUUAUUUUCAGCGUUCCAGUUUCAAACGACCAUCAGAUUUGAAGCAAACCUCAAAAAUACCUGAACAGUGUGUGAAAGAAAAACCUCCUUUCGCUGAAAUGAUUCCAGAGAUUGAUGCUGUAAAGCUAUACUCAAAUAUUUUAUGUCUCAUCACUAUGUAUAUCUGAUGUCUUAACAGCAUUUCUUUUGUGACAACGAAGCAGCCCAGGUGUCACUAGCAUCAUCAUUAUUUUUUUUUAUGUGUUAAAGAGAGUGUGAUAGAGACUUUUUUGGGGUUUUUUUUUGUCUUUUUUGGAUUGGUGUGCAGUCUGUCUCUGGCUCUUUCUGUAUGCAUAAUUCUGGGUUUGUUUCUUAUGAUUGCAAAAAUGAAUCAUCAAGCCACCAAUUAAAAUAUUUCAUUUUUACAGA